CAAAGUUGCAUGCUCUUCUUUUUGUCUAGAUUUCUCAUGCAACACUUCCUUCCAACCAUCAGACGAGACGCUAUAAUCUGAAAACAUAGUUUUAUUUUUGUUCCUCAAGUGUUUGUUUCCUGCGCCGUUCUUUUCUUUGGUCUUUUAACAGCGCCGACGAUCCACGUGGCCGUGUCAGAAGGGGUUGGGUCUGGGUGGGAGUCAGCGGCCAAUGGCAAAGCUUUGCUAUUGAUUGCAGUAUUUAUGAAGAGUUUUGAUGGGCAACAGCGGAGAUCAGGUCCUGUCAGAUGCAAGGUGAGCAGACGGCGACGAUGAUUCCCCGGACACUCAGGAUAGUCAGCUGCCUGCUGCUGAUGUCAGGUCUGCUGGAUGCAACAUCUUUGAUGAAAGUGAAGACUCCUGCACUGAGCAUCGAAUCUGCCCAGGCAAAUGAUUUCUUGGCUAAUUCUCGACCCAAGAGAAACGCUGAUCCAAAGUGGUACAGAGGAACUCCAGAUUUUCAAUCCUACUACCGUUUCUACAACAGCAUCGGUCACAUCGAGGGGCUCUAUGAGAUCGACAGGCUUCGGAUGCUGUACCAGCAGAUGCGCUCUUUUGAGGUGAUCUACGGCCCAGAUGCCUCAAGUUACCAAAGUGUCAUGGGUGUGUUGACCAGCGCCGCACCCCCUACUACCACCACUCAGCCUCCUCCACCUCCCACCACACCAGCUCCAACUCCAGACCCCCUGAAGGACGCUCAGAAGAUCUACCUGUGCAAUCCCAGAGACCCCCUCUGUAAACCUCAGAUCGUCUACCUGCCAACUGGAGCUGUCCCAGUGCUGUGCGACCCACGCAGCAACCCAGCCUGCAGACCCAAGACUGAAGAAGAGAUCAAAGCUGCAGCUCCUCCUCCACCGCCACCACCUCCUCCUGCUCCUAAAAAGUCCACCCCACCUCCACCUCCGCCUAUCACCGCCAAGGGUAUGGAGUAUGACUGUGACCCUUACUGGGACCCCGACUGCCUCGUUGACCACCCUCCCCGCCCUGUCCAGGAAACAACAGCCCCUGAGGCACCUGUUGAGGAGAAAGUAGUAAAAGAAGAAGUUAAAAAAGUUGAGGAGAGUGUUCCAGCUGCCAAACAGGACACCUUAAACCCUUAUUUUGACCCUUACGACUUUAAGCGAGACCUGUUCGACCCCUUCCGUUAUGCCAAUCCUGAACCCGAAGACUAAAAAGAUUCCUGCAGCAAACAAUGAUGCAACAAGACGGACCAAUGGAAGUGAACAUAUUGUAUGCGUCACAUUCACAUUUUUCUUUGAAAAAUAAAACUAUAUUAAAAGAUCUAUGUAACUAACAAGUGCUAAUGUGAUUGAUUAAGUCUCCCACUGGACAGACACAAUUAUUAUUAUUUUUUAAAAGCUCUACUUUUCUUUACUGUAUUUUGGGCUGUUCCUACAUGUGAGCUUCAGUUAAUUCUCUCAUUUCAUAGAACAUACAGGAGAACGACAGACCCCUAUUUAUUGUAUUUUAUUGUGUUUAAUUAUCUUUGUUUUUUCCCCAUCGAAGAUACGAAUAUAUUUUGCAAAUUAACAUGAACAUAAAUACAUUAUUUUUUCCCCUCAUGUAUCCAUUGACCAAUAAUGUGGAGCCUUUUUUAGUAGAAAAUAUAAAAUAGCGAACUG